AUGGAAUUUAUCCUCGGUGGUCAACAUUCGUCAAAACAUUCCGAACCCAGAGGUUUUGCUGAGAAACUCUUUGCUAAAAAACAAGAAGCGUAUCGGAAAGAUGUGGAAAUGUGUUUUGGUAUUCUUCAAUCUCGUUUUGCUAUUUUACGUCACUGUGCUCGUUUGUUUAAAUUGUCGACUCUUCGAAGCAUCAUGGUAGCUUGCAUUAUUAUUCACAACAUGAUUGUAGAUGAUGAGUUUGUUGAAGAAGACUUUGUAGAGCCUAACGAGAUUGACAACAUGAACCCAGCAGGAGCAAACGUUUAUGAUCGUCCCUUGGACGAUGAAGGACGUCCUAUUCCUUUCCAACCAGUGGGAAGAGACGGACAAAAUCUUCCACAGCUCAUUGACCGGGUGCAACAACUUCACUCGUCCUAUCUCCACAAGACUUUUCAAGAUGCUUUAGUUGUGCACAACUGGAAUUUGGAAGCUCUUGAAGAAUGA